AUGGAGCAUCGGUUGGCUUGCUCAGUAUUGGAAUUGGCUUGUUCGAGCGGUUAUUCACAAGCUGUUGCAACCUUUUAUGAAAAUCCUACUAGUCCUGGGAGUGGUGGAGCAUGUGGGCUCGAAAAUGACGUAGCAAGUGCUCCCUAUAAUGCAAUGAUCACUGCGGGAAAUCAAGCUCUUUUUAAGCAAGGCUCUGGAUGUGGUGCAUGCUACCAGGUGUUGUGUACCCAAGACCAAAAUCCGCAUUGUUCAGGUAAUUCAAUAACAGUAACACUUACAGACGAGUGCCCAGGAGUAUACAAUAAUGAUCCGGUUCACUUCGAUAUAAGUGGAAUUGCCUUUGGAAAAUUGGCAAAGUCUGGUGAAGCUUCACAAUUAUACAAUGCAGGAAGAAUCUCGAUUUUUUACCAAAGGGUAGCAUGUACUACAACACAAAUAUCUUAUUUAAGGUGGGCAAAGGCUCCAAUCCUAAUUUCUUCGCAGUUACAUCUGAAGCAGUAG